CAACCCGGCGUCCAGGGCCUGAUGACCUUUGAGGAUGUAGCUGUAUACUUCUCCCAGGAGGAGUGGAGGCUUCUGGACACAGCCCAGAAGGCCCUAUACCACCAUGUGAUGCUGGAAAACUUCACACUUGUGUCCUCAUUGGGACUCUCUACUUCCCGACCUCGUGUGGUUGUCCAACUGGAGCGAGGCGAAGAGCCCUGGGUUCCCAGCAGGAUUGACUCAACCCCAGCCAGGAACGCACAGGGGAGGCGCAAUCCUGGUUCCCGGCAUUUGGCAGAGGACAGAAAUGUUUCCAGAGAAGCAGCCUCACAAGGGGCCAUCCCUGAUGUUGGUGCCUGGCACAGUGCAAAAAGCCAGGGGGGAGAACAGGGCGCCUCCCUGUCACAGGAGCGAAAACCCACAGGGGUGUCGAUGGUCUACUGGGAGAGUCUCCUGCUCAGCUCAGGCACUGGCCAGGCAAGCGUCAGCCUGCGACUGACAUCCCCCUUAAGGCUUCCUGAGGGCACCGGGUUCACAAAGGCCCACCCAGGCCACACUGAGCCAAGGAUGCAGCCCCAGCGGCUGGAGCAGCAUAAGCUGUCCUCCCGGGAGGCCCCUGGGAGACCUUUUCCAACGGUCCCGGACCCAGGGGCUGUUAGCGGUACCCAGGAACGCAGAGUAAGUGCGGAGUGGCUCAAACCCCAGAGACUCCCCAGCGACCAGAUGCCCCCAACCUGGGAUGAACUGGGCGAGGCUCUGAACACUGGCCCCGGCCUCCCUGGGGAGAAGCCCUUUGAAUGCAGGGCGUGCACCAAAGUGUUCGUGAAGAGCUCAGACCUCCUCAAGCACCUGCGCACCCACACUGGGGAGCGCCCCUACGAGUGCGCACAGUGUGGCAAGGCCUUCAGCCAGACCUCGCACCUGACGCAGCACCAGCGUAUCCACAGUGGGGAGACGCCCUACGCGUGCGCAGCGUGCGGCAAGGCCUUCCGGCACAGCUCAUCGCUGGUGCGGCACCAGCGCAUCCACACCGCAGAGAAGGCCUUCAGUUGCAGUGAGUGCGGCAAAGCCUUCAGUCACGGCUCCAACCUUAGCCAGCACCGCAAGAUCCACGCGGGCGGGCGGCCCUAUGCCUGUGGGCAGUGCGGCCGCCGCUUCUGCCGCAACUCACACUUGAUCCAACAUGAGCGCACGCACACGGGAGAGAAGCCCUUUUCCUGCGCACUCUGUGGUGCUGCCUUCAGUCAGGGCUCCUCGCUCUUUUUGCACCAGCGUGUGCACACUGGGGAGAAGCCCUUCUCCUGCACACAGUGUGGACGCACCUUUAGCCGCAGCUCCAACCUCACACAACACCAGCUGCUGCACACGGGUGAGCGGCCCUUCCGUUGCGUGGACUGUGGCAAAGCCUUUGCUAAAGGCACAGUGCUGCUCAGCCACCGGCGCAUACACACUGGCGAGAAGCCCUUUCUGUGUGCACAGUGUGGCCGCACCUUCCGGGAGCGCCCAGCUCUUUUGCACCACCAGAGGAUCCACACUGGUGAGAAAUCUUCCAGCAGGGCUGGCCUGCACGCCUAGGGCAGAUGUCUGUCGUGUGCAUCAUGGAAAGGUGCGUCAGGGAAGGAAGCAGAAGCCUGA